GCUCCUGCGUGUCGCAGCGUUUUGACGCAAAAACCUCACAGAGGAGAAAGACUUCAAGGAGCUUUCGUUUUCUCUCCACGUUUUCUGGGAAACAUAAAUUCGGUGAAAAAGGACACAUUCUUACAUUAGCCGCAGAACUGACAGUGAAAAUGGCUGGAGACGCUGCUGAGUUAACCGAGCUCGGAGAAGGUGAAGAGUUCACGGUGGGAGAUGAUACAGAUGCCAAACCUGACCGCAGAGGGAGAUUUCUACUGUUUGGAAAGCAGAAAAAUAAGGAUGGCCAGACACGAGACCAGGAAAUCCAUUACAGAAUCGUUUCACCAACAUUCCAGUAUAAGAUGAGCUACACACGAGUGGGCAAGUGUGUCAUCAUCAACAACAAAAACUUUGAUGAAAAGACAGGGAUGAACGUACGCAACGGCACAGACCGAGAUGCAGGCGAGCUUUUCAAGUGCUUCAAGAGCCUGGGCUUUGAUGUCUUCAUCUACAAUGAUCUAACAUGUGAGAAGAUGGAGCGUUUUCUCAGAGAAGCAUCAGAGGAAGACCACACUGACAGUUCGUGUUUCACCUGUAUCCUGCUAAGCCAUGGUGAGGAGGGGAUGAUAUAUGGCACAGAUGGUGCCAUGCCCAUCAAGACCAUAACCUCACUCUUCAGGGGUGACAUGUGCAAAAGUUUAGUUGGAAAGCCAAAGCUCUUCUUCAUCCAGGCUUGUCGUGGUUCGGAAUUUGAUGAGGGUAUACAGACAGAUUCAGGGCCACCAAGCGAUGCCCUGGAGACUGACGCAAAUCCAAGAUAUAAAAUCCCAGUGGAGGCAGAUUUCCUCUUUGCCUACUCCACUGUGCCAGGGUACUACUCCUGGAGGAACCCUGGGCGUGGUUCCUGGUUUGUCCAGGCACUCUGCAACGUCUUCAGCGAGUUUGGAAAGCAGCUGGAAAUAAUGCAGAUCCUGACACGGGUCAACUACAUGGUGGCCACCAGCUUCCAGUCAUGGUCUGAAGACCCACGCUGCAGCGAGAAGAAGCAGAUUCCCUGCGUCGUCUCCAUGCUGACGAAAGAACUGUAUUUCAACUGACCGUAGGUCUGGCUGUACCACACCACAGACAGAUGGACUGUCUCAGGUACUGAGCAGUCAAAGCAUUCAGGGAUAAUUGCGGCCCUUCAGGCCAACUCUGCACAUUUUGAGCAUGUGUAACAUUUUGCAUGUGUAGCUGGACCCAAGUACUCUGCAAGGAAAAGAAAACUGCUCACACAGAACUUCCACAUUCAUGUGUUGACGGUGAAACUCACCUCAUUUUCAGGUUAUUCUUCAGAAUAAUGGCGCCGCUUUUGUUCUGAUCUUUGUUGACAGACAUUGUGGGAUAUUGAAAUUUUUGUGGGUUUGGGGAAAUUAUAUCUAAUUGCAUGUCUCUAAAUUUUCCUGCUUUUAAAGCAGCUCUAGACUUGAGCACAAAACCCGGCUAUUGUAUUUACCCUGUGGAAGGAAUUUCCCAAUCACUGGACUAAUUAAGACUUUGUGUUCUGAGUCAUUUCUAAAGAAACAAAUGAGUCGAUUUGUUCAGUGUGCAGUGCUGCAUCAGCUGGAAGAGAUCAUUUUCAGCUAUCUGUUUGUUUUUUUAUGUUUUUCAGUCCUUAAAGAAACAAAUCCGCAGUAAUAUGAUGCUUGUGGUGACAUGCCGUGACAUAUCUGAGCCUUCAUCUCAGGUUAUCCACUGUCCCAUUAGUGAGUGAAUGUUCUAAGACUUCACCUGUGUCGGCUCGUCUUUUGCAACCUUUUAGCUUCACGAGAUGCAGAGUCGAAAACAGAUUAGUAUCCACUUUCUGAAACCUAACAACAGUUCAGUUUUUUCUCCAGAUUAAGUUGAAGACUUGUUACAGGAAGCUAGUCCAUUCAUUUUCAAAAUAGGUCAGGAUAGUGUGUUUUUUUUUAAGGGCCAUAUUAUUCACUACGUGAAAGGUCGAUUGGUUUGAUACCGGAUUGUAGCUGAGCCCUUAAAACCUUCAGCCUUGCAUCGCACCCUUCGAUUUCACACAAAGGUAGGAUGGAGACAGUGAAAGAAGACACAAGAGUUCACCUUAAAGACAUCCAGCACGUCAUAAAUUUAGCAAAUACCACUUGGUACGAGGGGCGAUUGAGAAGUUUUGUACCGUCAACCACAGAUCACAUGGCGCUAGGAAGAGGUAGCAGUUGAAAGAAGUUAAAAUUCAGAAAUUAAGGUUUGGGUUGAUUUUGAAUAAUGUUUAAGAAAACAAA